CUCGGCCCACAGCGGGCGACCAGGAUCUUGGAAAUCUUAGGGAUCCUCAGCGGCUCUCACGUUAACAACUCAAAUAUGACUGCUUGCGGAGGGACUCAGGUUGGCCAACGGCCAACUAUCACGUGUACUCUCCGCCGCGCGGCAAGUUGGGAGGGGGCUUGCCCGUCCCGGGUCGCUGCGCCGAGCAGAGAUGGCCAAAUCUCCGCCCGAGGGCGACUGACCUGCACGCUAUCCCACCUGGGCAUUGCUUGAUCCAUCCUGUGCAGGCUUGGCACCUGCUCUGCAGCACACCGGAGGCCAGAACAACUUCUUUGGCGGGCCAAUUCCCUACCAUUACUGUCGGAUUUAUGGGGGCCAGAGGAGCGCCAGAGGAGCGAUGGGCUUCUUGGCAAGGUCAGACAGCCAAGAGCCAAGACCUCCCAGUACCAUGGUUUUGCCAAUCAUGCCCAGGACCGAGGACAUGGGACAAGAGAGCUUGGUUCUUUCUUUCCUUUCUGCUUUGCUUGUCUUGUUCGAUCCCAGGUCUCCUCUUGUCAUCAACUCAGAUCCGUGCUGUGUGGCUGCUCAGAGCUGGUCCGGAGGGCCACGACCUCUCGUCCACCGUGACCAAUGAUCCGAUAGCCCCAUAGCCCACCCUUGAGACUGCUCCUGUCUCCUCAACCAUGAGGGGCCUGUGGCCACCCCUGCCCCUCUUGCUGAUCGCUUUGGCACUGGGCUUACCACCGCCGGCCGCCGCGCAAGACUCGAGCUCACAGUCCACCGUGUCCGUCUACGUACCUGGAUAUGAAGCACAGAACUGGGAGGACCUCGCCGGUAGCGUGAUCACCAGUGAUAGCACUGCAACCACAUACACCGUCUUCUGUGCCGAUGCCAAGGACUGUCAGAUAUCCGGGCCUGUUCCCUUCACCUUUGCCGAGGGACCAAGUACGUUCCGUUAUUCUGGAUCGAUAGAAGGCCAGCUCACGGCCGAGAUAUCAUGUCAGCUAGCAUCAACGACCGCCGCGACUUGCACAGAGUACUCCUCAUUCGGCUCGGGUUUUACAGAGAAUAAUAUCACUGGCCCGACUGAGACAACCCGCACCGUGACCUACUCGGGCAAGGAUGUCCAGUGGGGCACUUUGGUCAUGACAACACCUGCGCCCGCGCCUGCGUCGCCAACUGCUGAUGGCCCAGGCGGACCAUUGGAUCCUUCGGACACGGCCUGGUAUUUUCCAUCCCCGACGAGCACAUCCUGGGCUGCAAGUGCGCAUCCAAGGAUGGCGGUGGUCCUAGGAGUCUUUAUGGUAGCAGCUGCAUUUAUACUGAACAUCACCUGAUCGGGCGACUUGUAGUAGAUCAUCCCGAACAAUAAGAGAUGGCAGGAUGGCAAAGGUAGCGAGCAUAUUAUGGCGUUCGGGUCUAGCAUCAUUGACGGUCAUUACUUUCUACUGGCACUCAAGGACAACGUGAGAGAUCAGACGCGAAGUGAUACCCCGUGUUUG